AUGUCUUACGACGGUACAGAUCGGCGUAUGUCAAGCGCCAAUGAAAGCCUCUAUCUACCAACGUCCUUACUCCUUCGAAAGCUGCCGCUCAACACAACUCCUGAGGCUGUGAGGACGAUGCUAUUGUUUGCGAAAGAUCUGCAAGAGGCAGAUAUUGUGUCCAAUGAUCGUGGUGAUGACCAAAACUUUGCUACUGCUGUGGCUCGCUUCUCAACUAUGAUAGGUGCUACUGAGGCGCAAGCUAUGCUCGAUGGGAAACCAAAUACUGAGGGCAAUGCGACCAUGAUAGUCGAGAUUACCUCGUCGCAUGCAUUAAGUGGUGGGCUACGGCGAAAUACCAUGGAUCCAGCAUUGUCCAGGCAGAAUUCACUCGCGAUUUCGUCACCAGGGAGAUCUUCUAGGUACCAUUUCGACUCAAUGAACAGAUUGCCCCAGUCUCCUGCUGUGCCCUCACCUGAGAUACCACUUGCUGAUGGUGGUGGCAUGUUCCCAGCAAGGUUGCAACAACCAUCACCCCGGAACGCACAGCUUCAGGACAGGACACGCGUCAGUGGAAAAUCAGUCAUCAGCGACGAGGGUGGUGAUGAAGAGACUGAUGGACUGCUGAGAGACCCAGUCGGCUACAUGAGGAAAGGCAGCACACUCUCAGGUAGCCGACGCGGCAGUGGAUAUCGGCCAUUGGUUCGAGAGUUUGACAACUUGUCCUUGAACACAAACAUGGCAAGGACAGGGCCUGGCUCAUUCGGUGGCCCUCGAUCAGCAGUAACACAUGGGCAGUCACCACGAACGCCGUUCUCUCCUGGUGGAACGCCAUUCAUGCAAUCCAAUCCAUACAUACGGCAUAACUAUCCACCUGUCAACCCUGCCGAUCAAAAUCCGCCGUGCAACACGUUGUAUGUUGGCAAUCUGCCGAUGGACACGUCGGAAGAUGAACUCAAGGCUAUGUUCUCGAAGCAACGAGGAUUCAAGAGAUUAUGUUUCCGUACCAAGCAGAACGGGCCGAUGUGUUUUGUCGAAUUCGAAGACGUAUCAUUUGCGACCAAAGCACUGAGCGAGCUCUAUGGCGCACAAUUACAUAACAGUGUGAAGGGAGGCAUCCGAUUGAGCUUUUCCAAAAACCCUCUUGGGGUUAGAUCUGGACAACUUGGGGGCGGUACUGGGCCUGCAACACCUUUGCAUCCUUCUAGCUCAGCCUAUGCCAACGGUAUGCCAAAGAUGUCGCCGGUAGGACUGUCGAUAGCAAAUGGACCACCUCCUGGUCUUUCUUCGCCAGGUGGGUACCCUGGCAAUAGCAACAACCUGAAUAAUGGCUAUGUAGGCCUGGGUAUGCGCAAUGCACCGUCCGCCUCCGGCUCUGAGGGAGGAACUGGUGUGUACCCUGACUACAUGAUGGGUCGAUGA